UCGCCCCCUCAUUUCCUGAAAUCAAACAGCCUGACUGAAUAACAGGAAAGACUUUCAACAAGAUUAUAUAAAGUCACAUCAAGACGGGAAAACACAGUCAUAAUACAACAGAAUGAAGAUCUCAGUGAGUUUUGCGCUGUUGCUGCUCCUCGGCGCCGUCCCCGCAAGUGUUGAAAGCCAACCAGUUUCUGCUCCAGAUGUCUACGCUGAGCUGAGAGAGAUGAAGACCGCGUUGGUUCAACUGAAGGCUGACAUGACUCAAGGUCAAGCAGCACUGAAGACUGAAGUGGACACGCUGAAGCAACAACUACAAGUCCGACAGGUUGCGUUCUCAGCCUCUCUGCUGACUGGAGGCCAGGAAGGAUCUACCGGACCCUUUACCUCGGACACUACCCUGAUCUACAAACACGUUGUCACCAACAUUGGAAAUGCCUACAACUCAAACACAGGUGUGUUCACUGCCCCGGUGAAAGGAAUGUACCACUUUGAGUGGACGGUCGGUUCAUGGCAAGAUAACCAGGAAUCAGGGGGUUGGUUGGUCAAGAACUCUGAGCAUGUUUUCUUGGCAUUCAAGAAAGGAUCAGGUUGGAUGACUGCUUCUAAAGCCGCUACACUGUCGCUAGAGGUGGGAGACGUCGUGUUUGUGCGCCUGAUGGCUAACACUUUGGUGUUUGACAACUUCAAUCACCACAACACCUUCAGUGGUCAUCUGCUGUUCCCCAUGUAAGACAGAAACAGCAGCUCUGUGAUAGUCACACAGGUUGUUGUUGUCUUCAACAAGUCUUCAUAGUCCUAAUCACUUCUUCAUGAAGUGAUUAAUGUCUUUGAUUCUCUCUUGUUUCUGUCAUUUUAAUCAAAUAAACAUCAAAUAAACAUAUAUCAUUGCAAUUA